CGUCUCCUGCAGCUCGGGCCGGCCAUGCUUCGCCUUCUGCUCCGAGCGGCCGGGCUGGUAGCGCUGCUUCCCGUGGGGCUCGGCGCAGCUGCCAAGUUGACCAAGAAGUCCCUUCACAACCACAUUCUAACCUACUGGAAACUCAUAUAAAACAGGAAGGUGCAGGGACUGUCAGUCGGUAGAGAUGAUUUCCUUCAAGCAAUUGCCGCUUGAAGCAAAGGCUGCAGGGGCUGCUGGAGUUGUCUUCUUCUCCAUGAUGAUAUCCCGGACCUUCCUGGCAGAGCAACUUGAGUUUGGCACACAGAGGUGGCUGCGGAGAUUACAGAUGGCAUUGUUUGUUAAUGCGCUGAUGCUCAUAGGUUCUCUUUACAUCUGGAGAUGUAUAGUGACCACAUUCUACAGGCUUUCAGCUGCUAACUCCUAUUGUUUCAUGCCAUGGAAAAUAGCUGUGCUAAUGUUUCUAGGUUUGGCACACUCUAGCUUUUUUACAUUGCUGUUUCUUGUUGCAGAAGAGCCCUAUUUCUUUUCCUUAGCUUCUUACACAUGUCUAGGAGCCUAUAUAAUCCUUAUUUUCUUUCUCUUCACUCUGGGCUCUGUAGAGCAAGUUUAUAAACUCUUGGUCAGCAGAGGUGCUAAGACAAGUGGUAUCAAUAAGAGUAGUAAAGCUGUCAUGAAACCUGUUUUGGCUGUUAUGGUGACAGUUGCACUGACUGCUGUUGGGUUGUUGAAUGCUUCCCAGCCUCCUGCAGUGACCUCAGUGGUGAUUCCUCUUCUCAAACUGCCUUCGUCCAUGGACGGCCUGAAGGUGGUGUUGCUAUCAGAUAUUCAUCUGGGACCCACUGUAGGGAAGACUAAACUUGCAAUGGUUGUGCAGAUGGUCAAAGCUUUAAAACCCAAUAUCACUGUGAUUGUAGGUGAUCUGUCAGAUUCUGAAGUGAUGGCCAUCCGACCUGCUGUCGAACCUCUUAGUGAGCUUAAUUCCCCAUUGGGAAAUUUUUUUGUCACUGGAAACCAUGAGUAUUAUACUUCUGAUGUCAACAGCUGGUUUGAAUUACUGAAGUCAUUUAACAUUCAUCCACUCCACAAUGAGAAUGUGAAGAUCUCUUCUCCAAGGAGCAGCAAUGAUUGGUUCUGUCUGGCUGGGGUUGAUGAUAUUGAGGCUCAGGUGUUGCACUAUUCUGGGCAUGGCAUGGAUUUAAAAAAAGCCCUAGUUGACUGCAGUACUGAUCAUGCAAUAGUACUUCUGGCUCAUCAACCACUGGCUGCAAAAUGGGCUCUCCAAGAUCGGCCAGACAUAAAUUUGAUCCUUUCUGGCCACACUCAUGGUGGGCAAAUAUUCCCUCUGAAUGCUGGUGCCUAUUUGCUGAAUCCCUUCUUUGUUGGCUUGUAUAAAGUUGGACAGAGCACUUUCGUAUAUGUCAGCCCGGGGACUAUGUAUUAUGGAAUUCCAAUGAGGCUGGGCAGCAGAGCUGAAAUAACGGAGAUCAUCCUGCGCUCUCCCUGAAUGGUCUGCCAACUUACAAAUUCUGUCUCCUCUAUCAGCCAGUAGAACUGACGGUUUGAGUCACAAGUCCCCAAGCCAAGUCCGUCCCUGAUGUAACUCCGGGGAAGUCACUGAAGUUAGAAGUGAUGGACUUGGUUCUGUAUUUUUUACCCAGCAACUGGGGAGAGAGAACUUAAAAACAAAGUAGCUGUGACUCAAAAGAAAAGAAUGCAAAAUUAUUGAAAAGGCUACUCGGAGUGCCAUUGCAGCCAUACCCAAAUCCUAUGAUCACUUUUUGUGAAAAUAAACCAUAUACAUUGGAGAAUCAAUAUGCAUAUUUAUAAAUCAUAGUACUGAUAUAAUGAAUGCAUUGAACACUAAGAUUGUUACUGUUCCAAGCAAUUAAUAAAAAGUUAAUAUUGUU